GUUGGAGAACUGAGUGAGUCUUCCAUUGGAGUCAGGGUCUGGUGCGCCGUGCCUCCCGCGAUGUCCUCCCAACAGUGCGCCUCUUCCGCCAAAGGCUUCUCCAAGGGGUCUUCACAGGGCCCCGCCCCGACGCCCGCCCCGGCGCCCGCCGCCUCCUCCUCCUCCUGCUGCGGCGGCGACUCGGGCUGCUGCGGAGACUCGGGCUGCUGCGGCUCCAGCUCCACCAGCUGCUGCUGCUUUCCAAGGAGGCGCCGCCGGCAGCGGAGUCGUGGCUGCUGCUGCUGUGGGGGCGGCAGCCAGAGGUCCCAGAGCUCCUGCAACAACCAGAGCUCGGGCUGCUGCUCCGGCGGCUGCUGAGCCUGCCCGCGCCCCGCAAGUUGCGCUAGAGCGACCCUCCGAGCCCAGGCCGGCCCGCCCCGCCUGCUGCUCCUGCACCCCGCCGCCCCUCCCGUAGUAAUAAUGACUCCCAUGCGGGGCUGGGCCUCGGAGUUUGCCCCCGUAAAGCUAAUCGCACUUUGAUGUUCAGAAACCCACUUUGUUUUCGGCCUCCCCCAAACUCCCGGAACCCCGAUAUGAUUUUCCAGCCCGAGGAUCUGAGAACCGUGGAUGGGACACUGGACCCUACUGUUUGCAGGGGCUUGCAUACAGCAACUGCCUUCUGAUUUGAAUGUCCUUUGAAGACGUCAUAAUAAAGCUUCUACCUCCUGAGAA